UAACGCACAAAAAAGGAACUGAGGAGGCAACUGUGACAAGCUGCAAACUACAUUUUGUUUAAUUACAGCCUCCACCCUCAUGCCAUCCAGCGAUCACCUUUCCCAGUCAAAAGUAUAUGUACAUCGGAGCUCCGCUAUGGCUUCAAGUUUUGUUAGACGACAAAACACACUGUUGUACUCUGUAAUAAAAGGUUAAUAUUUGAUGGGCCACGGCCCUUGACAACGACCUUGUGGCAAACAGGUCUGACAAUGUUCCUUCGAGUACACACCUUGAUCGCUGUUCAUUUCAUGGUGAUCCUCUUUGUUGCAAGACUGCCUUGUUCACGCGCCCUUGCUUGCUCUUACAAGUGCCAGCAGCGUUACUAUACAUCUUGCUGGGAUAUAACGGGGUUCUUUAGUUGUACUCGACACAGGGAAAUAGACUGCUAUCGGUGUUGCGAUGGAUGGACUGGUACCGUGUCAGGCACCACUGGUUGUGACACUCCCAUAUGUCAUGGCCAUGUGAAUUAUUGUCCCAACGGAGGCACUUGCAGCACUCCCGAUAACUGCAUCAACUGUAACCCGGGCUACUACUCGCCAAGAUGUGACGAGUGCACACGCAUCUCAUUCUGUGACAGUGUGACUUGCACUACCUCACACAACCAAAUUUGCCAGAGUUGCAAUGGUGACUAUGGCACUUCAUUCGGGGCAGCGUACAAGCCGUCCUCUGACCGAACCCAGUGUAUCAAGCAAUGUUCCUGGAGGAGCGAUAGCAAUGCCUGCUUUCCAGGAUCCUGCGCAGACUACGCUCAGUGCACCUGCUGCUCUGGCUUCUCGGGGCCCGACUGUAGAACAUUGGGCAGCAGUCAAGCCCCGGUGUUGUCAGAGCAUCGAGCCACCCUGAUCAUGGGGACAACCACUUUGGAAUCCCCCAGGGACCAAGGCAGCACAGCCACUGUCUACACCAAUGUGAGGGACUUUGAACGCAUCAGGAUCAAUUGGGAGAGCUCCUACAUGGUCAAUAACUUAUUUACAGCCUCCUGCAGCACAAAUCACGCAUAUGUCCAUAGUUAUGGGCUGGGCAUUGUGUCUGCGCGAGCAACAGCUGUUGUUAACAGGGCCCAGGGAGGAACACAUACCGUUGGCUCGCAGUCCUCCUCGGGAGCUGGAUCUCAGCUGUCGCCCAGAACUGAUUUUGUCAUCAGUGAAUUGGAGUUCUCAAUAGACUACGCCUCCUGGACUCCUGCCACUGGAGACGUUUUGAGAUAUGACGUUUAUUCCUCAAAUGGUGGAUUCCUGAAGCUCCACAACAGGGAUAAUGCCGGCACCUUUUACACGCGGUACUACAGUGGUAGGACAACCUCUGGGUACUCAACUUUCACCUUUGACUUUGUUGACCCUUACCACUGUGUAGACGUUAGUAGUGGAUGCCGAAGUACCAUGCUGAACGCAGGGGAUGAUGUUACCUCACAGGCCACAACAUCAAUCAGCUGGCAAGGAUGGGCAGACGAUCUUGCAGGCAUCAAGGAAUACGAGCUCCAAGUGCGACAGCUGUCGGGCACCCACGGCAGCGAGAUGACAGAAAUCUUUGACAGUUCCGCUGUCUAUCAGGGGGUCACCACGUCUGGCCACAGUGUCACCUUUCCCCAUGUGGGUGUUUACUCCAUCAUUCUCGACGUCGUUGACAACGCUGGCAACGUCAAGCGCAGCAGGCGGUUUGUGUUCUUUGACGACGAUCCCGAUGACGUGACCACUCGCAGUGAUGCCCCACUGCGCGUGGUCUCAGCCACCCCAGAGACCAGCUACAAGUGGCUGACUAGUCUAGACUCUAGCGGAGGGACCACCUCUGUGCGGCUUGAUUGGACAAACCAUUUCACCAACGUGCGUCAUCACAGCGAAGGAUUGCUGAAAGGCAUUGGGUACUACCUGAAUGACCAUGGCAGCAUAGAAAGCAGUUACGAUCAGAACUUUGGCCAGCGUGGCCGCGAAUCUAUCCCCAAUGCCCUGGGCGUGACACAGUUCCGGGCUUUCAGAGACAUCGACCACAGCGGUGGCCGGACCACGGUCACCGUGAGCGACGACGACUCUGACAACUGGAGCAAUGAAGGCACAAGCACGCAGGCGACUUACGACCUGAGCCUGGUGGAUGGUGAUUCCGUUCGGUUCUGGGUGGAGGCCAGGGACCUAGCCGGUGACUUUGUGAGGGACAGUGUGCUGGUCCACGCAGAUUCAUCCCCGCCAAUUAUCGAAGACUUGUGGCUGGUACGAGAUGGGGAAGUGAAUCUUGCUGUUCACAACUCAGCCGAUCUGCAUGAAAUGAGUGUUACCUUCCGGACGUACGACAUUCACAGCGGAGUGCGAACCAUCGAGUGGCGACUGUUUGACAACUACACAGGCACAGAGAUGGAGCAUGGACGCCAGACUGUACCAGCCAGGAAAAUCAAUGCAGAUACUGAGGACUGUGAUCCUGUCAGCUGUAUGUGCAUCCCGAUUGGUGACGUGAUUGGCGACUGUUAUGCCGUAGACUACGGGUUCAAUCCAACAUUCCACAUCGGUGUCCAUGACUAUGAUUACUUCAUCACACUGACGGUUACCAAUGAAGCAAGACUUGUCACAACCCAGACCAUCAAGGUAACUGUGGACACCUCAGCCCCUCAAGCCGGCGUGGUGCAUGAUGGGAUACGCGGGUCCAACGAGGUGGACUUUCAGGAGGGCAGCAUCCUUUCGGCCCACUGGGAGGGGUUCUUUGACAGGGAGAGCGGAGUCAAGUUCUAUCAGUAUCUGUUUGAUAGUUCGUGCUGGAAUGACACGACGAUGAUCGGUACUGUGAAAGACCGCAUGACGAGAACUACCUCCACGCAUGCGAGUUGGACGGCCCCCUCACCCGGUCUGUAUUACGUCACCGUCAUCGCAUACAACAGGGCCCUGGAACCCUCAGAGCCCGUCUGUUCCGACGGUGUCGUGAUUGACACCAGUCCACCGGAGUUGUCACAGAUCGCCCUGGGCUACGCUCGGAUGUGGCCCGGCCUGGCCAAGGAUGCUGAGGGUCGGGUGUGGUUCAUCAACGAGCACCGUAGGAAGACAGAGGUGCUCAAUGCAUCCAGCGGCUGCAGUUCCAAGGCUGUUUUCCUGGAUGAUUUGUCUGUUUAUCCUGAGAUGGCUGGCACUAACGACUCCACAUCGGUACUCCAAGGAGACCUGGACUGUCUCUGGAUCUGGGCCACUGAGCAGAAAUUUUUUCUACCCACUCACAAACAUGUGACUAUAUCCUGGACCGGGGAAGAUGCAGAGAGCUCUAUCUAUGACUACGAGAUUGGUCUUAGCAGUCAACCCUCAAACCCAGUCCCUGACCAACCUUCAGACCCGACUCCUGACCUUGUAACCUUCACAUCCACAUCAGGCCACGAUCACUUUGUGAUGUACCAUCCCCACAUCAGCCAUGGAUCUGUAUUCUACCUUGUCCUGAAGGCAACCAACAAGGCUCAGUUAGCUUCAUUCAAGGUGAUUGGUCCGAUCGUUGUUGAUACAACCCCACCCAUGUUUGUUGGGAAUGUCUUUGUUCGUGUGGACGAUGAGUACCUGAUUGCCGAAUGGGGAGAUGAUGGCUUCAUUGAUGAUGAGGAUACCAGCUUGAGGUACCAAGUUGCUAUUGGCAGUAGUCCAGGCGGCACUGAAACACUUCCAUAUCAACUGGAGAGAGACUACAAAAUUGGCCCAUGCUUGUCCCGAACACUCUGUGCUGCAUUCCUAUUGGAUGGCCUAGACUGGCAUAUCCAGGGUGAUCAUGAGUAUUAUGUGUCUAUCAGGGCACAGAAUGGUGCUGGAUUGUCAACGGUAGGGACCUCUUCUGUUUACAGACACAUCGUGCAGCUGCCGUCCCUGGGUGUCGUAUUGGAUGUUGCACCCCCUCAGGAAGCAGUAAUUGUCAACUUAGGGGUUGCUAAGGACAUUGAUGUUCAGAUGGACACCACAAGCAUCUCAGCUCGUUGGUUUGGGUUUGAGCAUCCCCACCUUGAAGUCAGCUAUGAUAUUGCUGUUGGGUCGGAGCGAGGUUCCUCAGAUGUCAGUGGGAGUUUCAUCAGUGUUGGCAAUGCAACUUUCUAUCAGCUGGAUGGACUAGACCUAACACCACUCACGAGCUAUUAUGUGACUGUCCUGGCCAACUCUGAAGUCGGAAAUGUCAGUGUUACCUCAGACGGUGUCAAAGUCAUUCCAAAGGGGCAGAUACUGGAGGGGGCUGUGGUAAAGGAUGGAUUGGGCUGUGACGAGCAGAGUGGGCCUCUACCAUCAGGAUUGUCCCAUCACUCGUCUGCUGCUGAUUCACCCUGCCAGGAUGACAUCUCCUACCAGGCCUCUACCUCGGACAUCUCAGCUCGAUGGACCAUCCCUGAAAUGCUUCAGCCCUUUGUGACCAACGUCCUCUUGACCAUCGAGCAGGAGGUUGAGGUAUAUUUUGGCGAGGGCAACACUACCAUGGUGUGGAUCCCAUUGCUUGAUGAUCAAGAUCUUGGCAUGACAUUCCAACAUGUUGCGUCUAGUAUGGGGUUACAUGCUGGAGCCCACUACAGAUCAAAGAUUCAGUUCUGCCAUACAGUGGUUUGCUUCCAACCCAUCGUCACUGAUGGAUUCUGGGUAUUAUCCCAACCCCCUGAGGUGGGUCAGGUCGCAGUCAGCAACAUUGUGACCACCCAAAGCAAGACAGAGAUCCAGGUGGGCUUUCAGCCUUUUGCACAUGAUUACGUCCGUCCUGAUGACCCCCAGGAAUUGAUGGACUUCUAUGAGUGGAGCAUUGCCGAGGAUGGCAGCGAUGGAGCCCUGCCAAGUCAGUGGACAAGAAUUGAGGAUCUCCUGGUUACUAGGGAAACAGCCCUCUUCACAGCAUCUUUGAGCGGUUCUUUAGACCUGGACGUCUGUCUUCGGCUGUCGGUCAGGGGCUACAACAAGGCCGGCCUGUCCUCCAUCGCCAGCGCCGAGAUUGUUGACUGUGACGAUGUGACACUCAUCGUUCCCCACCUUGUCAUUGAUGCAGAUCAUGAAGUUAAGGUGGAGCAGAAUGCACUGUGGCCUGAACCGGACAAGAACUACAUCUUGUCUACGUCCUUGUUAUCGGCCGUCUGGCCAACUCUCCGCCACAGGGCCUACGUUUGGGCAGCUAUUGAAGACACAGGCUCCGCUGACUUUGGGAACUUGGACAAUGGCCUGCAGUACCCCUGUGAUCACCCGAGGGCGAAGGCCUGUGGGAAGACAGAUAAAGAAUUUGUCAACGUUCCCAAUUUGUCCCUGGAGCAUGGCAUGCGUUACCGCAUUUGCAUCCACGCCGAUGAGGUCACGCUGGAACAUGAGCUUUGGAAGGAAGAGUUGCCCGCUGUAUCCAGCUGCAGUGAUGGGGUUGUCGUAGAUACCACGCCGCCAACUCCUGGCCCCGUGUGGAUAGGCUGGAGCCAACAUCGAACCUAUCAAAGUUCUAGCUCUGAGUUGGUGCUACGUUGGGAAUCCUUCACUGACAUUGAGGAGCAUGGCUUGGCACGUCAUCACUCCGGGAUCAAAUACUAUGAGUAUGCCGUUGGUUCGAUGCAAGGUGGAAGUGACGUGAAAGAAUUCACCCGUGUUGGCAUCAGCAACAGCGCUAUUCUACACAACCUGAGGUUGCAGAGUGGACACAUGUACUAUGCUACAAUCAGAGCUACUGACUUUGUUGGUCUGUCUUCUCAAGCAACGUCUGAGCCCGUCUUUAUUGAUACGUCGCCUCCUGUCGUCAGUGCUCUCCAUACAUUGGACAUUGGAGGUAGUUUCAUUCGGUCAACAACCUCUGUGUCAGCGAGUUGGGAGAAUAUAUUUGCUGACGAGGAGAGUGGAAUAGCGUAUUACGAGUGGGCUGUAGGGUCACAUCCAGGCCAUGCAGACGUCAUGCCAUUCACUCGCCAGACUUCAGUGUCUGGGGUCAGUGACUCCUCUCGACCUUUGCUCCUCCAAGAAGGUCAUUCAUACUUUGUUUCUGUGAAGGCUGUCAACAAAGUUGGGUUGACCACAUUGAAGAGUUACGGAGCAUUUGUGGUAGAUGCAAGCCCCCCAAUCGCCGGCCACGUCUUUGACGGAUCUCUGGCCAAUGCACCGUCUAAUCACAAGGAUGGAGACUUUCAGGAGGAUCGCACUGUGAUCAAGGCAUUCUGGGAAGGGUUUCAUGACCCGCACAGUGCCAUCCUUGGCUAUUCCUGUAGAGCUGGAACCUGUCCAGGGUGCGGCGAUGUUGUGCCUGAGCAGCACGUGGGCUUGGACACUGAUGCUCUCAUUGAAAACCUGAACCUCAUUCCGGGUCUGACCUACUUUGUGACGGUGACAGCCUGCAAUGCUGCUGACCUGUGCAUCUCAGUGACCUCUGAUGGGGUCAUGGUGGAUGAUUCGCCCCCUGUGCCAGGGCGUGUUUAUGACGGGGGUCCAGGGGGUGGGGACAUCAACUACCAGUCCUCAAGACUCCAGCUGCGAGCUCAUUGGUGGGGUUUUCAUGACCCUCACUCUGGCCUCUCCCACUAUGAAUGGCGCGCGGGCACUACACCAGGAGCUGCGGACAUUCUCCCCUCUACCCGCAUUGAGCUGUCAGAGGAUGCUCUGAGAUUCCUGCCGGCAUCAGACCAGCUGCCAGUAGGCACCGAUAUCUACAUCACAGUGCGCGCCUAUAACCGACUCGUUAUGUGGAUCGAAGCUACAUCAAAUGGGUUCCGUGUGGACUCUAGCCCCCCUGAUGUGGUGGAUGCACCUGCUGUUGAUGAGACGCAGGGGAUGGCUGUCAGAAACACACUGGUUUUCUGUGAUUUGAUUCGCUUCUCGUGGAAGUUCAGUGACCCUGAGAGUGGUGUGAAAGAUCAGUUCGUCUCUGUCAGCACACACCACAGUGGAGACAUAAAUAUUCCUCCAAUAAAGAUUGCAGGGAGUGAGCUGGACCACACAUUCACCAAUCUGACGUUACAUGAAGGCAGUCUUUACACCAUAACCGUGGUGGCUUGCAACUAUGCUGGCCUCUGUACCAAGGCCGAGACUGAACCUGUCUUGGUUGAUGGAAGCCCACCGUCCGUCGGGACGUUUGCUGUAGGUACAGAAAGUGCUGCAAACUUGGAGCGCCAUCACAUCAUCUGGAUUGAUCCAACCGAACCAGCAAAGCUAAGCACAACUCUUGACAGAAGCGACUUCACCACCAAUGCUCCCCCAUCUCCCCCGCGCCACCACUCCGGCUGGAUGACGUGGCUGGAAGACACCAGCACCUCCACUGGCUCCUUAGCUCUCGCCUGGCUGGGAUUUGCCGAUGUACACUCUGGGGUCAGCCACUACUUGGUCUCUGUUGGACGCACAUAUGGUGGCUCAGAGCUCACUCCGAGUGGACCAUUCCGUGUCAGCCAAAACAACGAUGGCAUACCAUUGGAUGAAGGCAUCGUACAGGGAGCUGUCAUACCUCUAGAGGGCAGCAUCACAGGCCACAGUCAUCCUUAUCUCUUCAUCUCCAUCUGGGCUGUAAAUAGGGUUGGCCUGCCUAGUAAGCGCCACCAUUCAACAUUUGAAGCCUCCCCUACUCUGCCCGGGGAGGGCGCUCUGGUUCUCAUGCGACGCUGCUCGCCUGCAACUUGCGAGGGCCACUGCGCCUGCGCACCGAUUGACAGAGUUUGUGCGACUUCACCGGGGUCGUGUGUGGAUUUCAGCAAUAGUAAUCCCAACCAUGAAAUAGAAGUCUUGGAUGUAUUGAGCCUAAUGUCAUUCAACGAUACUGACCCUGUCAAUGACAUUGAUGAUACUGCCACUCAGCACAUGAUGGCUGCAGUGUGGAGAGUCACUGAGCAGAAAGGGCUGGAUGUCAAGUGGUAUGAGUGGAGUGUAGGUGAUGAUUCCAAUUCCUCUGCCACAGAGCCGGCAGGAGUCUUUGAUCCAGCCAGGGAAAGAAUAUGGUUCGAUGUCGGCCAGGACAAUCAUGCUGUUAUCACAUUUGAUAAAGAUAGGAAACUAUUUGCUGGACUCAGAUAUCACGUGUUCAUCCGGGCCUGGUAUGAUGCCAAUGCGUAUGCUGUGUUCAGAUCAGAUGGCGUAACUCCUGACAUCAAACCACCCAAAAUCUCGACGGUCAGAGGCAAAAAGGUCAAGGAUCUUGCAAGAUCUGAUUCCAGGAAAGACACUGAUUACAUAACGGAACCAAGUAUUAUCUCCAUCUCCUGGGAAGGAGUGUUUCUGGACAGUGUGAUGUCGCAUUACCAGGUGUCUCUCAGUACCUAUCCAGGAGGUGAAGAUGUCCGUCAGUUUGCAGACCACACCUUUCCAGCCAGUGUCUACUCUACGCAGUUCAGCAGCCUGAACCUACUGAGGGGUCAGCGGUAUUACAGCAACGUACGUGCAUUCAAUAAAGCCGGCCUGCACACGCUCAGAAGCAGUGAUGGGUUUGUGGUGGACAGGAGGGGGCCAGAUCCAGGCCUGGUGUUUGAUGGGAUCGACCUACACGAUCUAGAGUACCAGAACUCCAGCGCGGUCAUCUCAGCCUCCUGGCACGGAUUUGUGGAUCUGGAAUCCUACAUAGACCAUUAUGAGUGGUGUGUUGGACAGACCCCCGGCCCGGCAGAUGACGACAUUUUGCCAUGUACCAAUGUUGGGAUUAAUCUGUCUGUUACUCGCGCUUUAGCUGUUCCUCUCACUGAAGGUGUGAGGUAUUACUCCAAGAUCUCAGCUACUGAUGCAGCUGGCCUGCAGUCACUGACAGUCACUUCAGAUGGGUUCGUGGUGGACGUUACUCCCCCUUUGCCAGAAGAAUGUGUCCUUCUUGGAGAUAACUUGAUCCAGAAUCCAUCAUUCGAGGGGAUGCAGAAGUUAUUAACCCAACAGAAAUAAGCCUCGAAGAUGUAUCAACAGAUAGUGUUGAAAACAUGACACACACAAGCACAACAGCUACAUCACUUUUUGAUGCUCAUUCAG